GCUUAGGGAUCGGUUUUCUUCUCCUUUCUUUUCCCAGUCGCGCGACUCUCCAAAACCCUUUCCGCCCUACUGUGGCUGAGGAUCCCGCUCUUAGUGAGAGUAGGUCCUGCUCCAGUCUUGAGUGCGUCAGUAUCCGGAUGUGGAGCCGCUCUCGCCCAGCGGGGACUCUGUGGCGGGGCGGAGCGCGGCGGCGUGCGCGGGGGCAGAGAGAAGGGGGCCCGUGGGCCCGGGCGCUUGCCGGACGCCGGGAGGUACCACCGCUGCCCACGGGGGAGGAGACGGCGCCGGCAUUCGGGCGCCCACCCCGGAGCGAGGGCCUGGGGGAGAAAAAAGGCCGACGGUUAAGCUUGCUCCCCGCCGCCCUCGCCGUACCCCCCGGGCUAGCCUCCCCCGGCCCCCUGCGCUCCCCGCGCUCCCGGCCGGGGGAGAGCGUGGUUUCCUGGCGGCCGUCGCUGUAGCCCGGCCGGGGAGCCCGGAGGAAGCGGGGGAGUCCCCGCCCACGGCCCCCUCCCCUCUGCCCGCCCGCCGCCGCCGCCUCUGAGCCGCUGCGGUCCGGCCUCCAGUCCGAGCGGGGGGCGCGGCGGCGGCGGCGACGGCUGGAGAGCGGCUGUGGGCUUGUAGGGGACCGCGCCGCCGCCCCCGUGAGUUAUUCUCACGUCCCCCGGGGCUCGCUGCCGCUCCCGCCGGCGCCGAGAGUCCGGCCCGGGCCCAACUCCCUCACGGGCCCCCCGGCGGCGGCGGCGGCGGCGGCGGCGGCGGCAGAGCCCACCGCCCGGGCCCCGAUGAGUAACUCCCGGAAUAACCGGGUGAUGGUGGAAGGGGUCGGGGCCCGGGUGGUGCGCGGCCCGGACUGGAAGUGGGGGAAGCAGGACGGCGGCGAGGGCCAUGUGGGCACGGUCCGGAGCUUCGAGAGCCCCGAGGAGGUGGUGGUGGUGUGGGACAACGGCACCGCCGCCAACUACCGCUGCUCUGGGGCCUACGACCUGCGCAUCCUGGAUAGCGCGCCCACGGGCAUCAAGCAUGACGGAACCAUGUGUGACACCUGCCGCCAGCAACCAAUCAUUGGAAUUCGUUGGAAAUGUGCAGAAUGUACAAAUUAUGAUUUGUGCACUGUUUGUUACCAUGGAGAUAAACAUCAUUUAAGACAUCGCUUUUAUAGAAUUACUACACCAGGAAGUGAGCGGGUUCUGUUAGAGUCUCGUAGAAAAUCUAAGAAGAUUACAGCCAGAGGGAUCUUUGCAGGUGCCAGAGUGGUACGAGGAGUGGACUGGCAGUGGGAAGACCAGGAUGGAGGAAAUGGACGUAGGGGAAAGGUAACGGAAAUCCAGGACUGGAGCGCAUCGAGCCCACAUAGUGCAGCAUAUGUUCUCUGGGAUAAUGGUGCUAAGAACCUUUACAGGGUUGGCUUUGAGGGCAUGUCUGAUCUCAAGUGUGUCCAGGAUGCCAAAGGAGGUUCUUUCUACAGAGAUCACUGCCCUGUGCUAGGUGAGCAGAAUGGUAACAGGAAUCCUGGUGGAUUGCAGAUUGGUGACCUGGUGAAUAUAGAUCUUGACCUAGAAAUUGUACAGUCUUUGCAGCAUGGUCAUGGAGGAUGGACUGAUGGCAUGUUUGAGACUUUAACUACAACCGGAACUGUUUGUGGCAUUGAUGAAGAUCAUGACAUUGUAGUACAGUAUCCAAGUGGCAAUAGGUGGACCUUCAAUCCUGCUGUUCUCACUAAAGCAAACAUUGUCCGUAGUGGGGAUGCUGCUCAAGGUGCAGAAGGAGGCACCUCACAGUUUCAAGUGGGUGAUCUUGUACAAGUUUGUUAUGAUCUGGAAAGAAUCAAACUUCUACAGAGAGGACAUGGAGAAUGGGCUGAAGCUAUGCUCCCAACUUUAGGUAAAGUUGGCCGAGUACAACAGAUUUAUUCAGACAGUGAUUUAAAGGUGGAAGUUUGUGGAACAUCUUGGACAUAUAAUCCAGCAGCAGUUUCCAAGGUGGCGUCUGCUGGAUCAGCCAUUAGCAAUGCAUCUGGUGAAAGACUCUCCCAACUCUUGAAGAAAUUAUUUGAAACCCAAGAAUCUGGUGACCUCAAUGAAGAAUUAGUUAAGGCUGCUGCCAAUGGAGAUGUUGCUAAAGUGGAAGAUUUGCUAAAAAGACCAGAUGUGGAUGUAAAUGGACAAUGUGCUGGUCACACAGCUAUGCAAGCUGCUAGUCAGAAUGGACAUGUUGAUAUUUUGAAAUUACUUUUGAAGCAAAAUGUGGAUGUAGAAGCAGAGGAUAAAGAUGGAGAUCGAGCUGUUCACCAUGCAGCUUUUGGAGAUGAAGGUGCUGUUAUAGAAGUCCUGCACCGGGGCAGUGCUGAUUUGAAUGCUCGCAACAAGCGCCGCCAGACACCACUUCAUAUUGCUGUCAAUAAGGGCCAUCUUCAGGUCGUGAAGACUUUAUUGGACUUUGGCUGUCAUCCUAGUCUCCAGGAUUCUGAAGGUGAUACCCCUCUUCAUGAUGCAAUAAGUAAGAAACGUGAUGACAUCCUGGCAGUUCUUCUAGAAGCUGGAGCAGAUGUAACCAUUACAAACAAUAAUGGAUUUAAUGCUCUACACCAUGCUGCACUAAGAGGAAAUCCCAGUGCAAUGCGUGUUUUACUAUCUAAAUUACCAAGACCAUGGAUUGUGGAUGAGAAGAAAGAUGAUGGUUAUACUGCUUUGCAUCUGGCUGCCCUUAACAAUCAUGUAGAAGUGGCUGAACUGUUGGUACAUCAGGGUAAUGCGAACCUCGAUAUCCAGAAUGUGAACCAACAGACUGCCCUCCACCUUGCUGUUGAACGACAGCACACCCAGAUUGUGAGGCUUUUGGUCCGUGCUGGUGCCAAAUUAGAUAUUCAGGAUAAAGAUGGGGAUACUCCUUUGCACGAAGCUCUGAGGCAUCAUACCUUGUCUCAGCUACGUCAACUCCAAGAUAUGCAAGAUGUGGGGAAGGUUGAUGCUGCAUGGGAGCCCUCCAAAAACACAUUAAUAAUGGGACUUGGUACCCAGGGGGCAGAGAAGAAGAGUGCAGCAUCUAUUGCCUGUUUUUUGGCUGCCAAUGGCGCUGACCUUAGCAUUCGAAAUAAGAAAGGUCAAUCACCACUUGAUCUCUGUCCUGAUCCAAGUCUCUGCAAAGCACUGGCAAAGUGUCAUAAGGAAAAAGUCAGUGGCCAAGUGGGUUCUCGAAGUCCUUCCAUGAUUAGUAAUGAUUCUGAAACCUUAGAAGAGUGCAUGGUGUGCUCAGAUAUGAAGAGAGAUACUCUUUUUGGCCCAUGUGGACAUAUUGCUACCUGUUCUUUAUGUUCUCCACGAGUCAAGAAAUGCCUCAUCUGUAAAGAGCAAGUUCAGUCAAGGACAAAGAUUGAAGAAUGUGUGGUAUGUUCUGACAAGAAAGCAGCUGUUCUUUUUCAGCCUUGUGGACACAUGUGUGCUUGUGAGAACUGUGCUAGCCUGAUGAAGAAGUGUGUGCAAUGCCGGGCGGUAGUUGAACGAAGAGUGCCUUUCAUUAUGUGUUGUGGAGGGAAGAAUUCAGAAGAUGCCACUGAUGACAUCUCAAGUGGAAAUAUUCCUGUGUUACAAAAGGACAAGGAUAAUACUAAUGUCAAUGCAGAUGUGCAAAAGCUGCAACAGCAGUUACAGGACAUUAAGGAGCAGACCAUGUGCCCUGUGUGUUUGGAUCGUCUGAAGAAUAUGAUUUUCCUCUGUGGCCAUGGAACGUGCCAGCUCUGUGGAGAUCGAAUGAGUGAAUGUCCUAUUUGUCGCAAGGCUAUUGAGCGAAGGAUUCUUUUGUAUUAAGAAACUCAGUGUGUUUUGUUAGCUGAAGUAUUUGGUCAUGAGCUUUUAGUAAAGCUGUUUAAGCUAGUUGGAAGUUCUAAUGAAUUAAUUUUUAAUAUCAUAGUUUCUUUUUUGUUUCUUUUAAUUUGAAACAUCUGAUCCAUGUAAUUCAUAGGUAAUUUACUUGUCACUUCUAAGGGGAAAAUCCUUUAGAAAUGUCCUGUUAUUUUUGUGUUUAUUGCAUUUUUCUUAUAGUUUGUAAAUUUGCUUGAUCUCAAGAAAUACAGUUCCUUCUAAUCAGCUGUCCUUCAGUUUAUCAUGAUUUUACGCAGUGAGUUGACACAGGUACUCAGAAAAGUCAUGCAUCAAAUGAACAGGGCAAGUCAAACCAUUAUGUCACAUAUAUUAAAUGACAAAAUUAUAAGAAGAGUUUUACAUAGUUAAUAUUGAAGAGAAGAUUAUUUGCAGAGAGGAUUAUCUUUUUAAGAUAAAAAGUUAUGCAAAUGAUUGUUUCUGAAUUCUUAGAGUAAAUGGAAGCAUGGAAUGAGAGAGUAGUGACUUUGCAUUUAGCUUAAUUUAUAGACUUAAAAGGAAAAUUGUUUAACUUGAAUCAAAUUGCCAGUUUCAGAAUGAUUGACAUGAAAAGGAAAAAUAAGCAAUCAUGUGGGGAACUUAAGUGGGGGAAAGUGGCCAAUAAAAGAGUACCUUUUAACUGACCAUUAACAGUUGCCUUUCCUAUAUUAAUUUAUACACUGUUCUGUUUAGCCAGCCUUUAAAAAAUAAGUCUGUGAAAAGUGUACCUCAGUUUUCCCUGUGGUCACUUAUCCAGGCUUGACUUGACCAGUGAACUGAUACUGCCCUAUUUGGGCAUGUCACUUUUCUCAUAUACUGAGUAGUACUCCAGUGAUCUGAGAAGGGUAAUGCAUUGUCUCAAGGCAACAAUCUUUUUCUCGUCCAUAUCUGUUGAUUCUGAUAGUGUUACUGGUUCUACCUACAUCAUAAGCCCUCCUUCCAUUUUCUUUCAGUUGCUAAGGCUUGUUGUAAAGAAAACACUCUAUACCUACAGAUGAGGAUAUUAUUUAAAUUGCCAACAGUAUCCAAGACAUAGUAAGUAACCUAAUAAUAAGUUCUUACUUUAGAAAGAGUGACCAGGACAUUUACAGAAAUAUGUCUGAUUACCUGUAGUUUUUUCCUUUAACUCAAACUUUUGAUUCUAGAGCGUUUAAUCAUUUUCUGCCCUUUGAAUGAGGAAUCUUACUGUUGUCUAGGAUGAAUAUACAUAAAAUAAAUGUUUUGAGGUCAUUGCUGCUAGAGUAUAAAAAUAUCAGCUGUUUACAAUGUGUCUACUAUAUACUAUGUAUAAGCUUAUUCCUAAGGAUAGUUACCAUGUAGUUUUUUCCUUUUUUUGAUUUGGGUUCUUUCUUUCUCUCUCUCUCUCUCUUUUUCUUUUUUUUUUUUUUGUUAUGACAACUAAAUUUAAGAAUAUUCCUGGCAAUUAAAUGGCUGCUGCUUUUGCAGGUCCUGGUGAAAACAGUGGUGAGCUUUGCUGGCUGAUUUUGUAGUCUCGCUGAUUCUAUAUCUGUGGUUAGAUGCAUAACUUAGCAUUUAGAACAGUAAAAUUUUUAUAAAUUUUGAAUUUGAAAAUUUAUAUGGAUUCAGUUAUCUAAUAAAAGGCCACUGAGGCUAUUUUUAAAGCCAUAUUUCAGAGUUAUAAAAAGAUAGAACAUCUGACAUGAUGUUCACAUAAAGAAACAGAUUUAUUUUCUUUCAGAUUUGAAAAUAGCAACAGUCGGGAUUUUUUUCCUUCCAUGCCAUAGGCUGCCCAUCUCUUUUCUACUAGGUCAGCUGGAGAGGAGGGGACACCUGGCUGACUCAUGCAUAGCUUGGCCAGCCAGUGAAUUCAGUCUAGAGCUCUACUUUACUUAAAUCUUUUUUUUGUCUUUUGAGCUUGCAGUGCUUAAACUUACAUCCCUAAAGGGCAGUGUCAUUUUCCAGACUAGUUUAUUUCUUCUACAUUAAAAAUACAAUAACAUAACUUAAACUAUUACAGAAGUCAUAUAAGGUCACUGUGAUAUAGUGUUGUGUACUUGUGCAUUUUCUAUAUUUGUACCACUCUGAUAUUUGUUUAAUGAAUAGAAAAUGUUUCUCUAUUCAUGUUUUCAAGCGCCUGAAAAAUUAUUUUAAAUUUGUUUUGUGCUUGUGACCGCGAAUAAGAUUAAGAACUGAGAUAUUUAAGCCACUGUCUUCUAACUCUGUGAAAUUGCUACCUCUUCUUCGUCUCUCAGCAGUACUUUCCCAGUUAGGUAUGUUUCCUUCUCAUCCGCUUGUCAUCUUGUGCCUCAGAAGAACUUUUACGUUUCCUAGAAUCAUUUAAAAAACAUAGACAUUCAUUCAAAAAUGUAUUUAUUGGGCCUCAGGGGCUAGAUAUAUAUAACAUUGAAAAAAUGGUCAGCAUUUAGCACACACUGAAUCUAUCAUGCAGCAGUUGUACAUUUGAAGAACUCUUUAGUCAAGAAGGGAUCCAAAGGUACUGAUAACGUUUCUUCCUAAUGUUUCAGUAGAGUUGUCUUUAAAGUAGCAUUUGGAUUCCCUUUCUGUAUCCCCGCACUCCUACCACAUUUUCUCCUUUAAGAUUGUCAGCCUUGUUGCCCGAAACACACACACAACUUACCAGAUGGUGCUAUUCUAGUCAUUUUUGUUCACAUAAUUUAACCUUCUUCUUGCUUAUACUACUAUAUAUUUAAUUUUGUUGGGAGCAAGAAGGCUUUUCAACGAAGAUCAUUUUGUAUUAGUGUAGGGUAUGAUAUUAGACAAGUGUUUAGCUGACCAAAUCAUGUUUGGACAAGGUGUUUGUAAUUGUAAACAUUGCAAAUUGACCACAUAGUUACUGAGACAUAAAACUAAUUGAUAAUGUUGAAGAUAGCAUUCUUAAAUUUGUAUCUUUGAUGGCUUUACCCUAUAGGAGCAUUUUAGCAUAUUGAAAUGCAUGCUGCUUAAGAAUCUUUCAACUCAAAUGUCAGAGCUUGCUGGGUCAUUUUUACAUGAUAGAAAUACACAAUCUAGUUAUGUGUUGCCCAAUUGCCAUUCUUUGUUUAUUAUGAAUUUUGGACCCUUAGUGAUGGGGUAGGAUAGGAAGGAUAGUAAGGAGUUGUAAGCAAGUAAGAAAGAAAAGUCAGUAUUUUAGAGGAAAAAAAGAGGUUUAAGAAAGUCAUGUAGAUUUCAUCAAAGCAGUAAGCAGAGAGAGUAUAUUUGAUUGAAUAAUAAAAAAAAGGUCUCUUAACCAGUUUUUAGUGUCAUUUAAUUUACAAUUGCUUUGUAAACUAUAUGGUUUAAUACACCUGGCUUUACAAAAUGUCCAAAGGAAAAGCAUCUGUCCACGCAGAGUGUCUGAAAUGUUACAGUAGUAAUUUGUGUAAAAAGUGAAUUUUUGGAAUAGAAUUUUUUUUUGCAUUUUUUAAAUGAUAAAACACAUAACAUGAAAUUUACCAUCUUUACUAUCUUUAAGUGUUCAGGUCAGUAGUGUUAAGUAUAUUCACAUCAUUAUUAAAAGGCUAUCCAGAAGAAUUUUCUCACUUGCAGAAUGGAAACUCUAUACCCAUUAAACAAUAACUUCCUUUUCUCUUCUUCCGCCAGUGGAAUAAAAUUAUGGUUAAAUAUAAAUCAAGGAACAACCUGAAUUAUCUUGGUUGUGUUUGCAAGAUUUAAAGUCGUGGUCAAUAUUUAGUUCCUAAAAUUUGAGGGAUGACAGAAUUUCUUCCCUUCUUCCCGACUGUAAUAAAUCAUAAUUGAGUUGGUUUUAAAUGUCUGUUAAUUGGAAGGGUUUGUUAUUUCUUUUGAAGCUGGAGGGGGAAAAAAACAUUUUAAACAUUAGAAUUAGGUUAGCUUCGAAUUUGGGAAGGUAAUAGAUUUUCACAGACUAUGUGUGCCUUGUCAAAAAUGUCAGUUGUCUUUAAGUCUUCUUGUAACGGUCUCAGAAUAUUUUUUUUUCUCUCAAAAACUCAGCCUAAUUUUAUUUGCUUGAAUAUUAUGAUAGGAAUGCAUACUGAUAUUACUUGAUAAUCAUAUAAUAGCCUUGGAAUUUUAACACAUAUAAAUAUAUAACAAUAGCAGUAUUAAUAACCAUAGUUGUACUUCUUUAAAACAUUAAAUUUUAGGAAAAACUAUUCAAUGCUGUCUCAGUUGUACAUUGCUUUGCUACAGUGAGGGGGAAAUCCUUUAGAUUGAGACUCAGUUUACUGAUAAAUGGUUAGUGGAUGAAACUAGAACAUAAAAAUAUGAACGAGUUAGUGGAGCUGAUGAAUUAAAAUUGUAAGUUGCUACAGCAGCAUUUUCUACCUCCUUUUCUGUCAGAGUAUUACUUUUCCAGCUUUUAUUCUUAUUUGUGACUAAGGUAGAGAUGGGAACCCGAGGUUCAAAUUGAGAUUUUUAUUUUGUUGAGGAUUUAAGCAAGUAGGUGCAGGAAGGGUGACUUGCCACAUCAAUUUAGCACAUAAAUCCAUAAUUACAGGUUGUAAUUGACAUGUACAAAAUGUGUAAGAAAGAUAUUACUGAGUAUUUUACUUUUCCUGUAUAGUCUACAUGACUUUGUUUCAUAAACAUGACUUCUUUCCUCCAAACUGCAAAAUGGUCUUGUAAUUUUCUAUAAAAUAAACAAAUAUGCCAUUUUGUCUGAAAUCUAUAAUUUCAGGAAGCUAUUGAAAGUUCUGACUCAGGGCUUUGUAACAAGUUUAAGCAAUUGUUAAUUAUAUUUUGGAAAAUCCAUCUACAUAAUUCUUCAGUGCCUUGAAAGAAUUAUUAACUUGGCAACGCUACUAAAACUGUAUAGAAGGCUGUCUUUAGUGUGCGUGUAUCAUCACACACAUCGAUAAGGCGUAUUGCUCAGCUUGUGGGACAGCAGUACCAUGUGUGUGCUGGCUUUGGGUAAUUCUUUAAAGGGAGUUUUCUAGAUUUGCACUUGAUAUUUGUUUUUUUUUUAAAAACCUGAUUAUUUAUGGCCAUGACACUGUUACCAGAAAAGUAAUUCUGUAAGUCAUUAUGCAAAGUCAUGUAUAAGUAGCAUCUGGGAAGAAGAGCGAGGGUUCAUACAAUUUGCUGUUUUAAAACGAAAGGAGGAUCGUGUUUGGUAAACACAGAUUGUCUUCCCUUCAAAUGAAAAACAGAACUUUUGUUCAGGUGAUUUGGCUUAAAAAACUUUUUUUAAGGAAAUCAUGGUUUGCAUGUUCUUCUUAAUGCUAGUCUUACUUAGCCUGAAUCCACAAAAUUGUUUUUCUGUUAACUUCAGUAUGUUUGUCAUCUAAAUACAGUAUAUUCAGUGUGAUAGAAGGCAGUUUAAUUGAUGCAUAGCAGUGUUUUGCUUUGUAUUUUUUCCAGUGUUUUUUAGCUUCCACUUGAUUAAGGUCUUGCUCGUGAAUAGAGUUUCUGUAUGGCAAAUGAUUCUUGCUUAUUAUUAGCUUUUGUUAAAAAAAUGCUUAGCAAUAGCUAAGCUUUUAAAAAUUAAUGCAAACAUUUACCAUUAAUAAAACUUACAAUCUAAUAUCAUUAUAUAAUGCUUUUCUCUGAUCUUUUGAAGUAUUCUUUAUAGAAGUAUAUAUGAAUUUUAAUUUUUAAAGUAUUUGAAAACAUAUCUCAAUGUAUCAAAUCUGUUAUUGGAAAGGAAAUUAACAUGUCUUUGAGAAACAAGGACAUACAUCUCCAACUCAAUAUAAGACAUAGGUGCCCACAUCUGGAAGACUCUCACUGCAAUUGUUUACAUUUAAGGUACCUCUGCUUACAGGGCCAAAGAAGCUUUUCAUAUUUUAACACCUCACACUCUUUCAGGAUAUUGUGUAAGUAGUCCGAAUAGGAUAAAAUUGAUAGAAAAUAAGUCAGCCAGUCAGGAAAACUCAACUUUUUUUAUACAAAGGUUAUUCCUUUUCAAAAUUCAGAUGUAGAUUUCAUGUUCUAAAGAUAAUACAUUUUAAAGCAGUGAUUUAUUUGGCUUUUUUAGUGUUUUGUGACUAAAUGAGUAAUUUGAAUGGUUUGGAGUUACUUUAUUUUUCAAGUUAAUAGAAGCAGUUAUAUGUCAUUAUUAAGAGGUUGUCUGGUUCUAGUUCAGAAGAUUCAGUAUGUGUAUCUGGAAUGUUCAAGAGGAAGACCAUCUGAAACAAAAUCUUUUAACUGUUUAUUUGAAAAAAUCAUAUGUAUUCCAACUUUAAAAUUGUGAAUUUAUUUUUGGAUAACCUUAAUUAACUGUAUUUCUGUUGCUGUAUAAUUAGAUAUUUCAUGGCAAUAUUUUUUAUUAAAUUGAAACUGUAUAGGUUUUUAAAAUAAAGACAUUUUAGAAAAUCUGA